AACUAAUCGAACAUGCUUCUACGCGACUUUACUAUCCAGCUCAUCAGCCAGUCACCCCACCUCUCUGCAACACUAACGGUGGCGGACUUUGUCCGCUUCGCCUCUCUCGCUGCCGAAGUAGAACAUCGCGCCGGUGUAUCUUUACGUCUCACUCCGACUAGGAUCCCUGUACUACCCUUCCUCGAAGAGGCACUAUCGGUCCAAUUCCCCUUUGACCACCUCCAAGACUUAUGGCGAAUGACUUUCCCUUUCCUCCACGCGUGUCGAAUGGAUACCACAAUGACCAUUCGCGACCUUGGUCUCCAACAUAAUUUCACCACCAAGUUACCCGAAAGAUUCCUACGCGCACCCUUGUCGCACUGUGUCAUAUGCUCAAACAAUAACUCCCACGCCUUACACGUACAUACGCGCCUCAACGGAUACCUUCACGACAUCGACGGUGUGCACCCAGUGCAGACCGUCAUCCUGAGUUGUUCAAACCCACGAUGCGAUACCCAAUACAGGCCCAGUUAUUACACCCGCAACAGUUCUCGAUACUACUACACAAAGGCAAUGGGCCGAGAUGACGAUUAUGUCCAAGUCAAUUGUCAUUAUUACAUGACUACCCGGAUGGCCUACAUGUUCCACGUGCUACAAAUGCUAGGCCACGUCUCCCAUUUCAAUCUCGUCAACUGGUAUAACAUGGUAUUUGUAGAUGAGGCAAAUACCAAUCUUUUC